AUGGUUGACUUCAACAUCUCUUCCGCCACCGCCAGAGAAUGGGAAUCCGAGUACUCGGCCCACAACUACCACCCCCUCCCCGUGGUGUUCCACAAGGCCCUCGGCGCUAAGGUGUGGGACGCUGAAGGUAAGGAAUACUUGGACUUCUUGUCGGCCUACUCCGCCGUCAACCAAGGUCACUGUCACCCCAAGAUCGUGCAAGCGCUUGUUGACCAAGCCAGCACCCUUACUCUCUGCUCGAGAGCGUUCUCGUCGGAUGUGUUUGGCGUGUACGCUAAGUACUUGACCGAAUAUUUUGGUUACGAAAUGAUGUUGCCCAUGAACACCGGGGCCGAAGCCGUGGAGACUGCCCUUAAGUUGGCGAGAAGAUGGGGUUACGAAAAGAAGGGGAUUAAGCCCGAGGAAGCCAUCAUCCUCUCGGCCGCUGACAACUUCCACGGUCGUACCUUGGGGGUUAUCUCGAUGUCGACCGACCCCGAUGCCAGAACCGACUUUGGCCCUUACUUGAAGGGUGUGGGCCCCCAAAUUCCCGGUGAAGCUGAAGGGACCCUCAUCAGAUACGGUGUCAUCGAAGACAUCGAAAAGGCCAUGAACAACGCUGGCGACAAGAUUGCUGCUGUUCUCCUUGAGCCCAUCCAAGGUGAAGCCGGUAUUGUCGUGCCUCCCGCCGACUACUUGCCUCAAGUCCAGGCCCUCUGUAAGAAGCACAACGUGUUGCUCAUUUGCGACGAAAUCCAAACUGGUAUUGCCAGAACCGGUAAGAUGCUCUGCUACGAACACUCCGAAGGUGUCAAGCCUGACGUCGUUCUCUUGGGUAAGGCCAUCUCUGGUGGUGUCACCCCGGUGUCCGCCGUGCUCUCGCUGAAGGAAAUCAUGCUCACAUUGACCGCCGGGUCCCACGGUUCCACUUACGGUGGUAAUCCCUUGUCGUGCCGGGUGGCCAUUGCUGCCUUGGAAGUGGUCAAGGAAGAGAACCUCGUCGAAAAGGCUGAAACUUUGGGUCAAUUGAUGCGGUCCAAGUUGGAAGAGCUUAAGGCUAAGUCCAACGGCAUCAUCUCCGAAGUCAGAGGCAAGGGUUUGCUCAAUGCCAUUGUUAUCGAUGACUCGAAGACUAACGGCCGCACUGCUUGGGACUUGUGUUUGCUCAUGAAGGACCAAGGUGUCUUGGCCAAGCCUACUCACGACCACAUCAUCAGAUUGGCUCCUCCUUUGGUCAUCUCGGAAGAAGACUUGCUCAAGGGUGUUACUGCCAUUGAAAAGGCUUUGGAACAAUUGCCUACUGCCCCUAAAGCUGACCACUAA